AUGGUUUUAUAUUUGUGUCGGAUAGAAAUACGUCGAGAGAUACGCCGGCGAACAAUUUAUUUCAAUUACCAUGAGUAAGCUCGCUGGACUCGUUGCGUUCUAUCGCUUUGUGUAGAGAAAUCUUUUAUCUUUUUCAAGGAGUACAGUCUUUCUAUAUAGUGCCGUGUAAUGAAUAAUGGUUUGGGAUGAAACGUUAGUGACACCUAGUCUUGCAACCUUGGUUAUGGUUACAAGAAAAAGUGUAUUUUGAAAAUAUUUCCUAGUGUUUUCUCUGGUGAAAACAUCUGUGAAGUAUCAGUUGACUGUGCGGUGUUGGUUUGUUUGUUUGGUGUCGAGCGCUCGGUGAGAUGUCCGGUGGCCGGAGUAUCGACAAAGAGCGGAAGUCCCCCAGAGAAAGUGGGGAAGACUCCGAGGACGAGAGCGAGAUCCUGGAGGAGAGUCCCUGUGGACGCUGGCUCAAACGUCGUGAAGAGGUGGAACAGCGCGAUGUGCCCGGCAUCGACUGCGCGCACCUCGCCAUGGACACGGAGGAGGGCGUGGAGGUGGUGUGGAACGAGGUGCAGUUCUCCGAGCGGAAGAACUUCAAGGCGCAAGAGGACAAGAUACAGAUGGUGUUCGACAACCUCACGCGGCUGGAGCACCCCAACAUCGUCAAGUUCCAUCGCUACUGGACCGACACGCAUAACGAUAAACCGAGGGUCAUAUUCAUAACGGAGUACAUGUCCUGCGGGUCACUGAAGCAAUUCCUGAAGCGAACCAAACGAAACGUGAAGAGGCUGCCUCUGCAGGCGUGGAAACGAUGGUGUACACAGAUACUGUCUGCGCUCAGCUAUCUCCACGGCUGCGCGCCCCCCAUAGUGCACGGCAACCUGACCUGCGACACCAUUUUCAUCCAACACAACGGCCUGGUCAAGAUCGGCUCCGUGGCUCCCGACGCCAUCCAUCAUCACGUCAAGACCUGCCGCGAGAACAUGAGGAACAUGCACCUCGUCGCACCAGAGUACGGAUCAUCGCAAAUGGUGACGCCCGCCAUGGAUAUCUACUCGUUCGGCAUGUGCGCGCUCGAGACCGCGGCUCUAGAGAUUCAGGGCAACGGCGACUCCGGCAGCCACGUCACUGACGAGCACGUGGCGCGCACCGUGGAGUCGCUGGAGGAGCCGCGCCAGAAGGACUUCAUAUACAGAUGCAUAAACAAGGACCCGUCGAAGAGGCCCACGGCGAGGGAACUCCUCUUCCACCCGCUGCUGUUCGAGGUGCACUCGCUCAAGCUGCUGGCGGCGCACACGCUCGUCAACACCAGCGCGAACAUCUCGGAGACGAUAACGGACGAGGUGUGCGGCGGCGCGGUCGGCGGCGCGCUGGCGAGCUGCUCGCGCGGCGGCGAGCUGCUCGAGCUGUCCGCCAAGGACCUGCCGCACGCCGAGAAGCUGGAGAAGUUCGUCGAGGACGUCAAGUACGGCAUCUACCCGCUGACCGCGUACGGCGCGGCGCGGCGCGCGGCGUCCCCGUGCGAGCGCGCGCGCGCCGCGUCCGAGAGCGCGCCCGCGUCGCCCGAGCCGCGCGCGCGCGACCUGGAGACGCGCCGCGUCGUCAACAUGAUGUGCAGCCUGGUGGCCGCGCCCGCGCCGCCGCUCGACCCCGACCACGCCGACCUGCUGAUGACCAUCCUGCUGCGCAUGGACGACAAGAUGAACCGGCAGCUGACGUGCGCCGUGUCGCGACGAGACUCCGCGCACGCGCUGGCGCACGAGCUGGUGCAGCUGGGCUUCAUUCACGAGGCCGACCGCGACAAAAUCUGCCGGCUCAUGGAGGACUCGCUCCGAGGCAGCUUCGGGCAGGCGCCGCGCCCGCAGCACGUGGCCAGCUAGUAGCGCGGCGACCGCAGCCGCACCGCCGCCGCACUGCGACCGCACCGCAACCGCACCGACCGACACCGUGUAAGAUCAUCUGACUCUUCGUCUUAGACCUACCGGCAUUUUAUUGUACCUAUUGCCUUUUAUUUUUUAAUCGUAUCCGGUGAAAGUAAAAAUGUAAAUUAACGAUUGGGAAGCACAAGUGAUGGAAAUUUUAAAAUCUUUUAUAAAAUUUAAUAGUUGCAAAACUCAUUGCGAGAAUUCCAUCCAUAUUAUUCCGAGUCUAUUUGUCUUUUAGAUAAAUUUACUACCUACUUAUCACUUCUAAAACUAUAUGAACAAUUACAUUUUGUGCAUUUUGUGGCAAAAAGCCUAUUUACUUAAUGUAAAUCUAAUCGUUCAUUUACGUUUUUCCUUUAAAAACAAUCACAGUAAAAAAUUUAAAAGUAUAAAGCCAAUUGUCGUUAACAUUUUAUUCCAGUGUGAUCUAAAUUUUAAUUUUUACAAAUUGUAUAAUUAUUGCUGAAUAUAACUUAUAAAUUAUUGUGUAUAUAUCUAAAAGUUUUAAAAUGUAUAAAGUACAGUUUACGUUCGACUUCAUAAUUAUUACUAGAAAUUGACAGUUUACUUUCAACAGGGUUGCACGGACUGAAAAUAUAAAAUUAUUUAGGUAGUGUUUAACAAAUGUAUAAAGUUUUACAGGCAUGUUACGUAUUGUUUUCAUUCUUAUCGACUUUGUAUAACAGCGGUCAUACAAUGUUACCCUGGAGAACACCCGAGCGGCCGCCGCAGACCAAACUCGUGACUGCUUCUGAUCAAUUUACUAUUGACCAUCUGGGAUAGUCCAAAGUUUGGCGCUCGGUUUUGUGCGUAACUUUUCGUAUUUAGUUCCUAUAUUUAAUAAUAAAAAUAGUUCGGUCGGUCAAACAGUUUAACAUUAUAUCAAAGCGAUACUAAGCUAACUAGUGUAUUGUAUAGUCGGGCCUCUCCGCUGGCAUUUACAAAUAUUCUACCGAUUUAGAGUUUAUAGAUUUAUAAGACCCGACUUUUUCAUGGCCUUUAGAAAUUUUAUACUCUUCAUCGUAGAGCCACAGCUUUGUGGUUGAAAGUGUGCUAAAAUGAGGCCACGAGACGUUCGUUCUGCGCGGACAGCUCGCGAAGCCGUGGCCCUGCGAGAGAAGGACUCUGCUUUUAACAGAUCUAUCGAGAUCUUUAGUAGCCAUUUAGGAACGGGACUGAGUGUGAAACGAUUUUCAUAAUGUAAGAUUGAGUUUCGAUGUUCUCUUUGUUUGGAUCUAAGGUUUAUAAAAUGAACAUGACAAUUAAAUUUCCUUAACAUUAUAUCUCUGAAUUUACUAUAUCCUGUUUUUGUGGUACGAUUAUAUGAUUCAUAGUAUAAACAACACACAAUAAAAAAUUGAUUUUAUCGUGACCCUCAGAAUCAUUACUAUCAUAAUGAUUAUUUUUAAGCACUUUUACUGAGGUAUUUCUGUUUAUUGUUUGUUUGCUUGAGUUAAAGACUAACUAGCCCAAACAAAAAGAACAUCGAGUACACUCCGGAGUGAAAGUGUGUAACGUCUCCCGUGUUAUUAUAGAUUAGAUUAAACAUAUUAUAUUAAAAUGGUCUUAUGAAAGAGAUUUAGUAUCUAGGACAUGUAUUUUUGCAUACGAAUGAUUAUGUAAUUCGAUUGAACGCGUAUAAAUCGAUGUCGAAUAUCGAUUAGCGUUAAUAGUUGUUAGCUGUUAACACGUCGCGACUUGGCUUGUUAAAUUUAAACAUCGAUGUGAAUAUAAUCGAUUUUAACAAAAUUUAAGUCGCGGGUUUUUGAUGGAGGUGUCGAAUUUAGAAUGGGAAUAUUUUGUCCAAAGGCUAGGAGAGGUGCAAGGCCUAUGGGGAAACUUAAUUAUACUGUUGGAUACUUAAUGGAAACAGGCUUUAGGGGCUUUAGCAGUUUAAAGCCAUAUCUGAAUUGAUUUAUCUUUGUAUGUUGAAGAAUGUGUAUCAGUUGCAUUUACUUGUAUCAUCAAGCAAAGUCAUAUUAUGAUGGAUACACUUGAUACAGAUCUCAUAAUAUGGAAGAGACGGUAGAUUACAUACCACACAAAUUACUCUUCCUAUUCUGAUGAAACGUUCAGUCCCACGGUUCAGACUCAUAUUCAAGCCCCUUUUAAAAUGAUAAAUAUUUGUCCACUUAUAUCUGUCCCGAAGUCACUUAAAUUAAGACAUAUUUAUGACAACAUAUAACGCGGAAUAAAUAAAAAAGCUUAAAGUUAAAAGUCACCUCUCCUAGCAGACUAUUCGAGCAUCUGUGUUUAGUCUAAAGAUACGUAAACGUCACGUUACGUUACGGUUACGUUAACUCGCUCCACCUCCUCGAGAGCGGUAUACUAGUCGAAAGUGAAUCUAAUUCCGAGCAACCACAACGUUACUUUGUAAAACAUUCGAUACGCUUUUAAACGAAAUCGGUUAUACUAUGUCCACUGAUCUAUUUUCUGUUUGACAAUUCAUUUUUGGACACUGAAUUCUGAAUCUGGGUUUCGAUGUCCGACUUAGAUCCAGGCUUAAUUUUGGGCCACGAUUAGUUUCCAUUCGCGGCAAAGACGUAACGCCAAGCGAUUUACCAGCCCGGUAUGCAGUCCUGGAUUAGCCUAUACACUAUUUAAGCAAUUGCUGGUAUCCCGCGUAGGAGGGCACCAGAAACGACGAGUAAAUUACAAGAGCACACGAAAGUUAAAGAAAUUUCAAAAAUCAUGCUUUUAUUGAUAUUAUGUUAUAUUCUGGCUAUGGUAGGGUAUAUAGGUAUGUAUUGAAAUUUUUUCAUUAUUUCUUCAUAGUGGCCUUAAAGAUACAAGGGUCCAAAGGGUAUGAUUGCCUAGGGCAUCAUGUUCCCUUAAUCCGGCACGAUGCCGCGUAGAAAACCAGUCAGAUAGUUGAAGAAGCCUAUCCGAUAUAGCGUUCUACCCUACCACCGUGGAUUGUAUGGCCACUUUAUGAAAGAUGGUAUCGCAGACUAAUGCUGUCUGAAUGUACCCAAGUGCAUCGAUAAACUGCGAUUCGUAAGUUAUUAUAAUUCUGAGUAAAUGAGGACAAAGCAUUGAGCAUAUUUCAUCGAAUUGUCAAACAGGAAAUAGUAAUUGGACGAGUGACCUGACAGCACCAUUAGGUAAUCUAUAUUAAAUUAAUUAUUGUAAAUGCUAAAAAAUAUGGUCCAGGCCCUGAUUUUUUAUGAUAAGCGUCAUUGUUAAUGUCAUAAAAUCUAUUACUUAGAUUUGUACGCCAUAAAGGUCAGGUUCCUGGAGUGAUUCGUAGUGGUUUGUUAGGACAUCGAGAAUGCUUUAGUAAUUUAAAAUUUGUAUGAAUGUGUAAAUGUAAACAAAUGAUAUUUAAAAAAUAUUUAAUUAAAAACUAUUACAUUAAUUAAUUAUUAUUAUAAUGAUGCGCAACUUCCACUGACGGAGCUGAGCUAGUACUCUCUUAAAAUACCGCAGUCAAUAAACUUAUUCGUACAAAUAUCUCAAAUUUUAAUUAAAAUACUUAGAAUGACAUUAAAAUAUAAACAAGGCUCAAGAUGUGAGUAUAUUUUAUUUUAUUCUCUGGACUUUUUAAAUAAAUAUGUCAAAUCGAAAUUAAUGUGUGUUCAGACACGUCACAUAGCAAAACAGACAGAUUAUUGCUUGACAUAUGAGUACUAGCUUAGCUUCGCUAUCGGUGACGUGGCACUUUAACAUAUAUGUAUAGUGAGGCUUCCUCUUAGAGCUUUAUGGAUAUGGUUAUGUAAGUAUACGGCAAAUUGAACAUACUCAUUAUUGAAAUAAGGUUGAAAUUUGUACUGCGCUCUCCGACAGACCCGUAGCAAUCGACCACUGUUUAGUUUCUAAAUGACGCCACGACACUUGCAUCCGAUGGCUCGCCGGAUUAUCAUCGUUGCAAACAUUUGAAGUCCACUUCAAAGAUGCUACAUUGUCCUUUAAACACACAAAAAAUGCUUCCGAUUAUGCCACAUAAAAUUACAAAAUCCACUAAAAUACAGGCUUCAUAAUGUUUACGUAUUGGAUAAUUUAAAAAUUUUCUAUGACCACCAAAUAACUUAACAUAGUUCAUUACUCUCUCUGGAUUAACAGAAUAAACAUGAUAUAUUGUUUACCAUUUUUGUUUCAUAGGUUUUGUUUUUAAUGUUGCUCAUUCAAAGUAAUUAUUUAAAUCAUAUCCAAUUAUGUAACUAUUCAUACGGAAUACAUUGAAGCAGCCCUUUGCUAUUAAAUGCCAUAUAUGGUAAUAUAAUGAAUUCCACAACGGAACAUUUAUCCGGACCGUUUAAUGCGAACAAAUAGUUUCCGCGCCGAUUUCCCGUCGGAUGUUGUCAGUUGUAUCGUGUGAUUUCCAACAAUUGCAUGCAAGGUUUCUAACACCCCUCAUUUGUGAGGUCGCAAUCGUUUCUUAAAGCCCCAGGGGCCUUCGCUGCAGACCUUUGAUUAGUCCAUAAAUAUGCAUUAUCUAUUGAUAUAUUGACGCUUAGUUUUUCUCAAAGCCCAUUCAUUAAUUUUAUGUGGUAAAUAUAUCUUGAAAUAAUAUUCACACAACAGCAGACGCUAAAAGCUAACGUAUAGUAUUGUUUAUCUUAUGCUCUGUUUAAUCAGAAUGUUAGCGUAUUGCCUGCUAUCAAAAGUCUGCAUCCAGCAAGGCUCUCGCCCUAUACGUAACGCUAUGUGGUGCUAAUUAACCCGACUACAGCAAAAAGGGCUAUAUAUUUAACACUCUGUAUAUAUGUAUUAUGUAAUUUCCACUUUAACUAAGCUGAUUUUAAUAAUUCAGUGCUCAAUUGACUCGUUAUUAAAAUCCGGAUACCAUUACUUAAGUCACUAUGAGUAUUCAAAAAUGUGGUCACAAUUUUCCGUAGUCGGGUUACAUUUUGUAAAUAUAUAGUGUUCAUAUAAGUAUUUACAGUGGGAACAGAAUUCAGACGCACCGAGUUCCUAAUUAUUUUGUGUCGGUGCUCGAUGGUUUGUUCCUAUGUUUUGUUUAUUCUUUUUUCAGUUUUUGGUCAACGUCCACCGCUGAUUCGGUAACAGCCAGUACUUUUUUAGUGAGAUUACUCAUAGCUACAUGAUCUCUCACACUGCAGGUGAUACCGAUCCGAGUAUGGAGAGAAGUACACCUGCAUUGUUUGUAAGAAUUUCCACAUUUAUUGCCUGCCAUCUACUCCUGAUGAGAGAUCUAUUUAUGCUAUAUUUUUAAACUAACUGAUAACGCAAAAUUCUCUUUAGUUCUAUCGGACAACUUGUUUAUAUUUUGCCCAUCUAAACUGCAAGAUGUCUAAACUAAGUCAGAAAUCUAUUUCAAAAUGUAUUUUCUCUAUUCAAAUAUACUUCCAUCUACCUGUAAUAUGUCAAUCUCAUACCCAAUUUGUGUACAUUUCCUGGGGUGAUGGCAGAUGGUAAUUUUAUAAUCCGAUUAGUGGAUCUUACAGUUUAUUGAAUAUAGUAUCUAUGAAAACUACUUGUUGUGUACAGUCGGUGAUGGACGUUGCGUAGUCGCAUAGAGAGCGGUGCCAAAAUACGAGGUGCCAAUUUCGGAGUUUCUUUUAGACAAUUUCAUCUUUAUGAAUAUUCUUUUUCCUAACCUUUUUAAACUUUAUUUAUUUUUAUAGAAUUCACAAGCGCCCGUUAUUUUCUACCGCCCAUCUAAAUUAGUGACAGACGAAUUAGUAAUGUCAGCCUUUGCAUAUUAAAAUGUUCAUAAGAUUUUAGUUCCUCGUUUUUUGCUUUAUAUUUUGUCCUCUGUGUUCCUAAACAGUUCAAACGUUAUUUACUCCAUGCCGCGUGAAACAUAAUUGAUUUUGUUUUGUCAGUUUGUUCAGUUUUACUUUUUAGCUUUUGACUAUUGAAAUAGUAUAAAGUAAUCCACUGAUAUGAAAUCUUUUGUAAUAAAAAUAUGUCUUUAUCACACCUGAGUACAGAACGUUUAAAUUGUUUAUCACUACACAGAUAUUUUAUUAUGGUAGAGACAUAUCUUUAAACCACGUAUACUUUGCAUUAUCUCCGAUCUUUUCUCCUUCGAAAUUACUGCAUUUGUGUUAAAAAAUCAAUAAAACACUUGUCGCGAUAUGACCAAACCUAUGGUUACAUAUCUAAAUCCCCACGUCAAGUCAUGACCGGCUAUAUAGUAAACGCUGAGUCUCCUCUCAGUAGGAGAAAGGUAAAACCAUGGUCUGGCAAGCUGAUGAAGUUCGAUUGACUUAACGCGUUUUGUUUUUAUCACGAUUUUUGAAAAAUUCUCAAACAUGCAAACCUAAUAAGCUAUUGAACUACAUAUUUGUAAGCAUUUGAAUUUAUUUAAUGCGGUCGCGUGGCAUUGGAUUGUUUCUAUCAUCACACACACAGACCCCCCCCCCUGUCCCAUAUCCAUGUGUCGAUAUAAGCGAGUGACGUAGUGCAGAGGUGCGCGCGCCCGGCGCGGGGCGGCGCUUAGCGUAGUGUAAACGAAAGACUGGCUAAUGUAACGAGUGACGAGUAGGCGGCGGCACGUCUCUACGACCAACGCACAUUUUUACAUGAAAAAAAAUAUUAUUGAUGGCAAAAGAAAUGAAGUCUGAUAAAAAGUGCACAGAUAUCUAUUCGCAAUAAAUUCAUUAUACAUAUAAGAUUAUUACAAAAAUAGAGCAAUGGUAUCGAAUAAAAAUUACUUCGGCUAAUCUAUCUUAUCUAUAAAUCCGUUUGUUUAAUAUUGAAAUAAUAUUUUCGAUGAUUUUCACUUCCUGGAAUUCAAUUUAGUAAAAUAGUUCUAUAAGUUUUAGGGAAAAAAUAUUAUAUCUAAUGACUGCGUUUCUAAACAAUCAAACUUGUUUAUUACUGCCGCCGGCAUUAAAUCGUAAAUAAAAUGCAAUAUCCUCUAGUUUUCUCUGGCAAGGGUUCGGCUAUAAAUAAUUUAUCUACCUAAGUUUAUAUUUAUAGUGAAAUUAAGUCCGGAACUUGCCUAUUACACGGCCAUGCGUUUUUGGGUAAUAGAAAAAUGUUCUAGAAAAAAAUCGUAGUGUAAAUUAUUGUGCGGAAUUUUCUCUAUUUGCGUAAUUUUGAUAAAAAAAUAAUUUUGCGAUUGGUCGUAGACUGGCGCGCAACGCCGGGAGGCAGGUAUAGCUAGUAAAGUGACGUGCCCUUGUAAAUAUAUGCUUUUAGUCUAAAACUAUAUAUAAAUGAUUAUUAAUAUUACUACAAGUACUAUGAUGGUCUCACCUGUAACUUCCAAACAUUUUAUUAUUUGCAGCGAGUGCUAUCGAGUUAGAAGCGUCGCGUUUGUAUUUACUUUUAAAACGUUCAAUUUUGUUUUUAUUUUGGUUAAAUAAAGUUUUUUUUUUGUGUCAUUCAAACCAUAUCUGUUCUUCAUAGGCUAUGCUUUUAAUAACCUAAUCUGCUGAGAAAGACUAGUGCAUGGUAGAGGAUCGCCAAGUUCCGAAAAUCAUAUACUCUCACCCCUUCCUUUAUUCAUAUUUGUAAUAUGAAAUAACUACUUUUACUAUUAUAUAUGAGACUUUUAUGCUAUUUAACAGUUACGGUUUGGAAGACGCAACAAUUCGUAUAUUUUUUAUUUUCUUCAUAUUUAUCUCCUUAUUUAUAAAAACUGUAUCCAUUAGUCAACACAAAUGAACAUCACUGUAAAAUAAAAUCUUUGUUUAAAUUAUAUACCCAAAUUAUCUGUGUUAUUUCGUUUUACCUAAGAUGUUUUUUAAUUGAUUUCGUAAUCUAAAUUCUACCAUUCGAACCGUUUUAGUAAUCUAGGUACGUUAUGAUAAUCAAGUUAUCACUGAAUAUACUAGAUAGGAUACAACUAGGCGGACCACCAAAUUAUCUAGGGUCGUACGUGGAGUUAAUACUUAGGCAAAUUAAGAUCUAGACUUUGCUUCUAGCGAUCGUCCAGAUUGAUAGGCGAAAAGUCCUUAUAAUAUUGAUAAAACAAAUAGUUAUAAAGCUGUAAUAUUAUCUAAGCAAUAGACUAUGGAAUUUUAAAAACGGUUUUUUUUAUACGGAUCAAAAAUGUACCUGUUUUGAGACUUUGUUUAAUUAUAUUACUGUUUGUCCUGUUGUGUUUAACUAUGCUUUGAUUUAUGUAAUCGGCACGCUGAUAUGAUGUGUAUAUGAACUUGGGUGCGUUUUGCUAAGCUGGUCAUUUUUUUGCGCACAUAUUUACUUUGAAUAAUGUAUUUAUUUUGGAUUAAUUGGGAUUAAAUAAGAAAUUUGUUUAACUUUCUGACGUUCAUUGUUCCCAGUUUUGUGUGUAUAAAUGAAUGACCAGCUUUAGAGCAAGAGCCCCUAUCAACUGUAUCGACAUACUAAUUCAGUUCCUAAACUAAACUUACACUUUUACGUAAAGUGGAGAACAGAAAAACUACAUAUUGUAAAUCCUCGUAGAUGCUUUUAUUUCACCGCCAUAGAUUGUGUUUUCAAAUGUACCAAAGAACAAUGGCCAACUUCCAAACAAAUUAUUGUUCACAAUUAAUAUUCGCGUCUAUGGAUAAAAAUAUGUAAAAGUAUAGAGAAUUCUGUUACUGGACAGUUUUAUCUAAAAUUUAGCAAUAGAAGGAAGUCAGAAAUUAAAGAUAUUUUCUGUUUGAAGAUUGUAGUAUUCGCAGUAAUAGUACUAUCUGCUGAGCAGGCAACGAACGUAUGCCGCCAUUUUCUUCAUAAAUUGAAAAAAAUAAAUGAAAUUAUAUUUACUAAUAUUUUAAAGAAUUUGUGGUUUGGAGGUAAUCUCUAGAGCUACUGAACUGAUUUAAAAAAUUCUUUUACCACUAGAAAGCCACAUUAUUUGUGAGUGUCGUAGGCUAUUAUUUCAUUCCCGUAUUAUCACGGAAACGGGAACUAUGCGGAUAAAACCGCGGGUCCGUCGGCUAGUUUUAUAUAAAUUGAAAUAGUUUACAUUUAUAGACGCUUAAGAAUUUUAUCAACAAUUUUCCGGCCAUUGAUCUUUGUGGCAAAGAACCGCGGUGAUUAUAGUUUAGGGUACGAAUAGUAUUGUUAACUCGCUAUUACUACUGUGAGCUAUUUUAUUAUUUGUAAUGCUUUAUACUUGCAAUAUAACAUAGAGAUUGACUCGUGUACCUCUGUCCUUACCUGCCUUUUUAAUUAUUUUAUUGUAUUAUAUAAUAUAAACUUUUAUGUCUAAAUACUUACGUCAUUUUUAAUUAUUUAUUUUGUAGUGAAAUGGACACAUGCGUUAUUUUUUGUUUGUGGUUGGUUAUAUUGUGAAACUGCGAUAGGUUACAAUGCGUCAAGCGUCUGUCGUUAUUGGUUAAUUUAUUUUGCUGUUGAUAUCAUUUGUGUUUUAGCCAAUAGUGAAAGAGUAUCGUUCAAUGGGAAAGUUGCUAUUGGCGCAUUUAUUGCUGUCGAAGUUUUACAAUAUGGCUGUCGUCUUUGUAUUGUAAUAUAAUCAGCUGUUUUCUUAUUAUCCAAAGAGGAAUGUGUUCAUUUAUGAAAUUGCCUUUUUUACUUUUGUUUGUUUUAUUAUUUUUUUAAUUUUUAAAAGAAAUUGUAACAUAAAUAUUUAUUGGAUCCAGACUGCAUUUGCACUCGGUGUUUAGUUCUCUCCAAGUGUACGUACUAAGCUUCCGUACCAUAUUGUUAUAUUUAGUGAGGCGUAUGAUUGUGCUCAAAAUGACAUAACCAAUCACUGAAGGCCGAACGAUCGAGUGAUGUAUGCAUAUACUAUUAUAAAAUGAAAAUGUCAAUAAAGUGGUAUUUUAAACGGCCAA